AAGCAGAAACUCGUCAGCUUCCACGCUGCGAUCGCUCACGCCGACAUGUGCUCCGAGCACGUUGCGAUUGCGUGCUCGAUGUUUUUGUACUAUUUCUUCCAGAACCACCCGAAGCUUGGCUGGGAUGAGACGACGACGAUCUCCUCUUUAGCCUGA